AUGUUCCGUGACGAGAAUGAUAAAACAGCCCGACGCUCUGCAACCGCGAAAUCUAAAUCGGAGGCUCGGCGCAGAUUUUUGGACUCCGAGAGAUCUUCCUCUAGCCCGGAACACUCUGAAUCUUCUGAAACAAAUCUUGUAGUGCUGGAAAAGAAACCGAAGCCCAAAGCGGUGUUCAUACCCACAAUCCCAGUUGCCGUCUCGUCCACCGUCGACGAGCAAGGGUUGAACUUCUUCUUCCAUCGAUUUGUAACAGCAAUUUCGAUGCUAGAAACUGCCCCACCUGAAUUAAAGAUUUCCCCUUGGUUAGAGGCAAUGUUACUGCAUCCACCCGUCCGAGAUGCAGCCAUCUCGGUCGGUCUGGCCGCCAAGUCCAAUGUUACGCGAGACCGAGCCAUACGUCUCGUGGCGAAGGAGAAGUAUGCGGUGGCCAUUGGCAGCGUCCGUGUGGCGGUGGAUAACCCCCAGCAAGCCAAUCCGGAUGAAACAUUCAAGCUGAUUGUCAUGCUAAGUUUGUACGAGAUGGUCAGUUGCACUACUAAGCAACCUGACUCGUGGACGGUCCAUGUUGAUGGUGCUGCAGCACUCCUAAAACAGCUCGCAUUCAAUCAGACCUUAAAGGUCUUCCGGCCUCGGCCGCAACUACAAUAUUACUAUGUCUCCGUGGUGAAAUACUUCAUCGCCGAAGGGUCGUGCGACGCCAACGAUGCGCUCCACAUAACAGUCGUGCAGCCAGGCAAUGCGAAACCUAAGACGCUGUCAACGUUCCACCCUCAAUUUACCUAUCCAAUCUUUGGCGACGAUGAACAAAUCUUCGGCUACAAAGGGUUGAUCAUCCGGUUACGCUUUGCCGCCCAUGAUCUCCGUCCCCAUGUGCACAUUUCUUACGACGAUCGAUUCAAGGCGGUUGGUGAUACUGCUCCGAUGGAUCUUCUAGGGGCCUUGAAGGAUUUUGUUCCCGAAGAGGCAUUCGCCAACCUUCCCGAUUAUGAGAAGGCAGUCCAGGACGACCCAAGCGCAAUAGACUUUACACCACCGGGCAAGCUAGUCUUUAAUUACGAAGUCGAGGAGAGGAGAUACGAGAUCUGGGCUGGAUCACUUGCGGAUCCGAAAGUGCGUCUCUUGCUGGACCGUAUGCAGGUCCUUGUUUCGCUUUUCAUCGAAGCCGGAACUCCUCUGGCGACGGAUGAUCCUGAGUGGUCUCUUGAGCGCUGGACGGUCUUCUUUAUAUACGAGAAGGUUGAACCUCCGACGCCGACCGCAUCGUCCUAUUCAAUUGUCGGAUACGCCACAGCCUAUCGGUACUGGAUGUACCUGAGAGACCGCAAUGAGACUCCCGCCGUUAAAGACGAUGUGUUCCCUCUUCCCGAAGUCAAGGUUUCUGAGCUUCCGUCUCGCCUUCGCAUUGCACAAUUCCUUAUUCUUCCCUCACAUCACCGCUCGGGCCACGGUACUCACCUCUAUACAACAAUCCAUGCUUCAUGCAUCGCCGACCCGACCAUCGUGGAGUUGACAGUUGAAGAUCCCAAUGAGAGCUUCGAUGCUCUUCGAGACACAGCCGAUUACUGUCUCUUGCGCCCCGAGUUCCUCAAACACAAUGUGGGCCUCAACCCCGAUCCUCUUGGGGCUUAUUCUCAGAAGAAGCGCCCUCGCUCCGUUCCCACGGGCGCUUUGAUUCCUACUAAGCUUCUUAUGGACAUUCGCACCUCCUUCAAGAUCGAGGCCACACAGUUCGCCCAUGUCUUGGAGAUGUAUCUCCUGGGCACCAUUCCCAAGAGCCACCGCAUCGCGGGAGGUACAAACCUCGCAAGGCUUUUGAUCAAGAAGUAUAAAGCAGAGCACGAGAAUGAUCGCCGAUACUACUGGUGGCGCAUGCUCACUAAACAGCGCCUGUAUAAGAAGCACAAGGAGUUGCUGAACGAGCUAGAACUAAUGGAUCGGGUCGAAAAGCUGGACGACACUGUGCAGAACGUGGAGGAAGGCUAUGAGAUCACCCUGGAGGCGCUCGAGGGUCGCUUGCCUGAGCCAGAGGACGAGGCUCCUUUGACUUUGAGUCGUCGCGACAAGCGCAAGCUUACUGUCGAGGAUGAUGAGGACGAAGAAGAAGAGGAAGAGGCCUCAUCAUCCAAGCGGCCGAAGGUCUAA